CCACUGCGGCUGCGUCACUCUUUUUGUGAACAGCAACGAUUAUAGCUAGCUAACGCGAAAAUGGACGGCAAACUUUGCAAGAGGUUGGACAACGGUGUCUUUAAAAAUUAGAAGACACAUCUUAAAAUUAAGAAAGAGCAGUGUGAAGGGGACACUGUGCCAAGACACCCGGUGUUUACUCUGGCUGUAGUUUGCACAAUUACAGUGUCAAAGAGGAAUGGGUAACUCAUCCUCAAGCACCGUGGACGACCUGCAGGCGGUGGAGAUGCACCUCUGGUACAAGAAGUUCAUGACGGAGUGUCCCUCGGGUCAGCUCACCCUGCACGAGUUCAAGCAGUUCUUCGGGCUGCGUGGCCUGGACCAGGAGGCCAACACCUACAUCGAGCAGAUGUUCCGCACGUUUGACAUGAACAAAGACGGCUACAUAGACUUCAUAGAGUAUGUGGCUGCUCUCAGUCUGGUGAUGAGAGGGAAGAUGGAGCACAAGCUGCGCUGGUAUUUCAAACUGUAUGAUGUGGAUGGUAACGGUUGCAUUGACCGGCAUGAGCUCCUCAACAUCAUAAAGGCUAUCCGUGCUAUCAAUGGGAAUGAAAGUCAGGAAGAUUCCGCUGAGGAUUUCACUAACCGCGUGUUUGACAGGAUCGAUAUAAACGGAGAUGGUGAGCUCUCCUUGGAGGAGUUUGUGGCUGGUGCUCGAGGUGAUGAUGAUUUCAUGGAGGUGAUGAUAAAAAGCCUGGACCUGACCCACAUCAUGACGAUGAUCCACAACAGGAGGCACAGCGUUUAGUGCCUUCCCCGAUGACUUUAUCCUUAUACACAAUUCAACCUGAGAGUUCAGUACACGGCCUCUGAAGAAAAGGUCUUUCAUAGACUAAGAUUUCUAUAAAGAUUUAAACCAGGUUAUUGUAAUUCUGCUGCAAACUCUGACAUAUCUUAUUUCUAACCUCUAAAAGAAUCACAUAUGCAUUUAGAUGACUCAGUCAACCUUUGCAAAGUGGUACUUGUCUUUGUUUAUUGUCGCUGAGCUCUCCCAAGGACACUUUGGCACGAGGGAUAAUCUCUCAGACGGUCCACUUACCCACAGAUUCCCUCAGGGAUUAAACAGGGAGAAAGUGGAGCAGAGUGGCAGUUAUAUGCACCAAAUCUGUAUUUCUGGGCGUCUACAUCAAAAUACUUGAAUGACUUUUUACUUGUUCUUGCCCGUUCGGUUAACAGGAGACUUUGCAGCGUAAAGUACACAAACAGGUAAAAGUGUCUGAAGAGAUUAAACCCAUGUUUACCUUUUGUAUCCUUUUUUUUAAAUAAAGCUGAAGCAGAAGACAAAAUAGCAGC